AUGAAGGUGGUUACAGAUUGUUUUUGGGACGGCAAGAUUUUAACUCCCGGGUUCAGAUUUCAUCCCACCGACGAGGAGCUCGUGCUUUAUUAUUUGAAGAGGAAGAUCUGCUGUAAACGGCACCGUCUGGACGUGAUCGGCGAGCUGGACGUUUACAAGUGUGAUCCGGAGGAGUUGCCUGGGAUGUCAAAACUGAAAACUGGCGACAGACAGUGGUUCUUCUUUAGUCCCAGGGACAGGAAAUAUCCAAAUGGUGCACGGUCCAAUCGAGCCACGAGGCACGGGUACUGGAAAGCGACUGGCAAAGACCGUGUGAUCAUGUGCGGUGCUCGUGCGGUCGGACUAAAGAAGACCUUGGUUUUCUAUAGAGGGCGUGCACCAAGUGGGGAGCGCACGGACUGGGUAAUGCACGAAUAUACUAUGGAUGAGGAUGAGUUGAAUAGAUGCAAGACUGCCAAGAAUUAUUAUGCCCUAUAUAAGGUCUACAAGAAGAGUGGCCCGGGUCCCAAGAACGGGGAGCAAUAUGGUGCUCCCUUUAAUGAAGAGGAAUGGGAAGACGAAGGGGUUGAAACUCGAUGCCUCGUUGAGAAAGAGAAUCCUGUAAUGAUUGCUAACGAGGCCGUUGUUGUAGACAAUGGAGAAACAGUCAACAGUCAACUUGUGUCCUCAUUGGAGGAUGAUCUCGAGGAAAUCAUGAAAAGGAUGGUGGACGAGCCUAUCCCUCUUCAAACCCUAGCUGCUGAUGAAGACGGGAUUACUUUUGAACAGUUCAUGGGGGAGCUUGAGACUGUUAGUAACUCUAUAGACCAUUCUUGUAGAGAUGUUUCAUUACCCAUGAUGCAGCCAUUUGGGAUGCAGCCAAAUGUGGCAGCAGCUAAUUUUGACCUUACACAGUCUGGGAUUAAUGGAUUAUCCUUUAGUGAGGCAUCUGAGGUCUCGUCAUUCUCGGUCAAUCAUAUGAAAAAUCCCCGUGUGAUUGAAGAGGAUUUCCUUGAAGAUUUUCUCGAAAUGGAUGAUCUGAGUGGCUCGAUUCUGAACGCACAAGAGACCGAUGAUCAUGUGAUCAAUGAUUCACAGAAUCAGGUGUUCGAUGGGUUCGAUGGUUUGAGUGAAUUCGACUUUUACGAGGAUGCCCCUUCGAUCCUUUGUGACCUGGGACCAGUUCAUCCAAGGGAGCUUUCUCAACCUUACAUGGAUAGUUUUGUCGACAAUAGAAAUUUUGAUGCAGUCUCGAAUUUGCAGUUGGACAAUCCUGAGAACCCAACUGGGCAUUUUCUGAUGCAGCAACAAUUUAAUGAUCCAGAAGGGGUUGCGUAUCGGAUGUGGACAGACAAGCAAAGUUGCAGUGUCGUAAAUGGUGCGGAAGCAAAUCAGGGACACUUUCCAUCUCAUUCUUCAGGUGUAUUGAAUCAAAAUCAAAAUAGUGGUUUUGUAAAUCAAUCUGCCGGAGCAAAUGAAUUUGGAAGUCGGAAAGAGGAUGAUGGCACAAACUCUUGGUUCUCGUCUGCUCUAUGGUCCUUUGUGGAGUCUAUACCAACGACUCCAGCCGAAGCUUCUGAGAGUGCUUUGGUAAAUAGGGCUUUCGAGCGGAUGUCUAGCUUCAGUAGGGAUUCGAUGAAUGUGCACGGGUCGAAAGAUCUUGCACGGGUCGUGUGA